AGUAGUCAACCCUGUGUAACAGUGAAAAUAUGAGGCUGUAGACCAUUUGACGAAGUUUUGGGUUUUCACACCUGUGAUUUACCUGAUUAUUUUUAUUCCCACACCAACUCGCAGACACCUGGUCAUGCAUGUAGCUAGCUUACUAAAUAAAUGUAACCAAAUUACUGGCUGUGAAUUAGGUGGCUAGCUAUACCUGGAAUACUAACGACGACCCAAGCUGAAUUUGCUUGCAAGACUACCUGACGCUUUUCAUCUCCUGUGAAAAUGUCUCUGCCUCCGGAAAAGGCUGCUGAACUUAAGCAGAUCAUCCACAACCAUUUGACAAAAAUGGACAUCCACGGGAAAAUUCGCGAUGUGCUCGCAGAGACGGUGAAAGAGGAGUUAGGUCCUGGACAUCGCCCACUAUCUGAGGAGGACUUCAUACGAGCUUUACAACGUAGGGGAAUCGUGGAUGAUGUAAUGAGAGACCUACAUUUUGCGCAGGAAAUACCAGACGCAGAGGCUGGACCGUCUCCCAAGCCUGCAACACAUUUUAUUGAUAAAGAGGGGAUACAGCUGAAGAAGACAAACAUUGACCCAACGAGGAGGUGCCUUUACCUGCAGAUCCUGGGGGGCAAGGCCUUUCUGGAGCACCUCCAGGAGCCAGAGCCCUUGCCUGGCCAGGUGUGCUCCACCUUCACUCUGUACCUGAGCUUCAGGAACCAGCGUUUCCGCUCCAAGCCGGUGCCGUGCGCGUGUGAGCCCGACCUGCAUGAGGGCUUCCUUCUGGAGGUCCACAAAGACACCCUGGGUGAUGGCAGCAAGAUGGCGGACGCUACCACAAUGCUCUCUAUCAGUGACUCGGUGCACAUGGUGCUGAUUAAAACAGACACCUCUGGCGAAACCACGCUCAUCUCUUCCUACUUCCUGGACUGGCGGACUGUCCUGGGCGCGCCCAUUGGGAAAACAAACACCGCUAUAGAGCUGCUGGGAGUAGGAAGUGAGUGCAAGGUCCCGGUUGGUGUUCUGAAUGUGAGGCUGGAGCUGUACCCUCCUCUUACAGAGACGCUGUCCCCAGACGUUAUCACCACUCAGCAAUCGCUGGAGCGGAAGAGGUCCGCGGAGAAAGAGCGUCUGUUUCUGGUUUAUGCCAAGCAGUGGUGGAGGGAGUUUCUGGAGAUCCGCCCCUCACACCAGACCAAGCUGGUCAAGAUCUUUGCGCAGGAUGAGAACGGGGUGAACCGGCCCGUGUGUUCGUACGUGCGGGUCCUGAGGGCGGGCCGGCUCCUGGACAGCCCCCGGCAGGCGGCUCGCUUCGUCAGCCUGCUAGGCAUGGAGAGGGCCCCUGUGGUCGGGGGCGGGGCCAGGCAGGAGCAGUGGUGUACCCUCCUGGCCUUCCUCUGCAGGAACAAGGGCGACUGCGAGGACCACGCCACGCUGCUGUGCAGCCUGCUCCUGGGGUUCGGCCUGGACGCCUACGUCUGCGUGGGCACCAAAGCCAAGGGCACGCCCCACGCCUGGGUGAUGACCUGCGGCUCCGACGGCACCGUCACCUUCUGGGAGAGCCUGACUGCGCACAGGUACCUGCACCAGCCCAUCGACCCAGACGCUCCCCCUCUCACACCCCAGCCCAAGCCCUCCUACCCCUACCGCACGGUGGGCUGCGUGUUCAACCACGAGGCCUUCCUGGCCAACUGCCAGCCCUCGGACGCCGUGGAGCUGUGCGUCUUCGACCUCGGGGACGGGGCGCGCUGGAAGGCCAUGAGCGCGGAGGCGAUCCGCUCCGUGUGCGCCUCGGGGGCCACCUCCUCCCUGGCCCCCACGCCCUCUCUCUGCGCCUCCCCUGUGGACCCCGCCGCCGCCAGCAACCAGCUGGAGCUGGAGAUGCGCUACCUGGUGUCGGAGCAUCGCAAGGACCUGGGCCUGGCCACCGCUUGGGAUGACCACCUGUGCUACCUGCUGUCGGCGGCGCUGUCGGCCUACGAGCUGGAGCGCACCACGGGCAUGUCCUGCGCCAACGAGGAGUUCCAGGACGCUGUGAGGAGGGCGGUGCCCGAUGGCCACACCUUCAAGGGCUUCCCCAUCCACUUCAUCCACCGCAACGCCCGCCGGGCCUUCGCCACCAGCCUCAGGUCUCCGUUCUGCGACGAAAUCGUGUGCUGCCGUGGGGACCACGUGAGGCUCGCGGUGCGAGUGCGGGUGUUCGCAUACCCCGAGUCCGCGUGCGCCGUCUGGAUCAUGUUCGCCUGCAAGUACCGGUCCGUGCCGUGACCCAGCCCGCUCCCCAUCAGGCUGAAAAACGGAGCCAUACAACACUCCUACCUUUAUUUCCAAAUGUAUCAUUCCCCCCAAUGUACAGAAU